AGGUGGAGUUUCUCUCCUCGGUUGUUCCCGUUGUUAGGGAAGAGUCUAGUCGUUAGGGAAGAGAUUCUCCUCGGUGUUUGUGCUUGUUUUUAUUGUAGGCGUUAAUAAUGCGGUGCGCAACAUGAAUCGGCACCAGGACGCACGGGGAGUGAUACUGACCGGGUACAUCAGCAACAGCCAGGCUGCUUUCUCUCCUGUGUGCGCGCCUGCUGCGAGCUCCGGGGACGAGCCUGAAGCUCCAGGACCGAGUCGAAAGCCGGCUCACUGUAAUGUGCAGCGGACUCGAGCGGCGUCAUCGGGCCCUAAGCCGCCGUACCAGCGCCGCAGCUCUCAGGACUCGCUGGACGAGUUGGCCAUGGACGACUACUGGAAGGAGAUGGAAAUUAUUCAGCACAGUGACGCCGAGCCUCAGGAAGAGGUGCAGCUCAAAGUAGCCGAUGAGGGCGAGCAGGAAGAGGCGUGGCUAACAGAGGCGGGUCUCGCGACUCUGUUUGACGAGUCGGUGACCGACGACGACGACGGUAAGGUCCUGCUAUCCACAUUGACGCGCACGCAAGCCGCUGCCGUGCACAAGCGCCUGGAGACGCUACGCAAACGCAACAAACCCCACAGCGUCCCCGACGUCAGGGACAUCUUCAAACCUCAGGACACCAAGGAUGAUGAAUCCAAGUCCAGAGGAGGAAGUGAAAAUACAAAAAAGGAAGAAGAAACAUCAUCUGGAAACGGCGAGGGCGUGGCCGACACAGAGACGGACAUCGACCAAGAGGUGUCGUUCUCUGAGCAGGCGCUGACCUACAAGGAGGGGUCAAAGGUCACACCGCCUGUAGACGAGGCUGACGACAGGCUACCUGAUUUCAGGGUAGUAAGAGAUAAGACAGGAAUGACUAAAGUGGGCGAUCUGUCCCCGGCCGACAUGAAGAAGGUCCACCGUCUCAUCCUGAUCGAGGUGAGCGCUCUGUUCGACACAGCCGCCAUCGACCUCAAGACCCACAAACCUCUCCGGAUAAAGGUCAAAGAGUCUGGAUUGUUUGGGGUUCCUCUGACAACGCUGUUAGAUCAGGAUCAGAAGAUGAUGCCAGGGACCCGAGUGCCAAUCAUACUUCAGCGGUUAAUUUCCCACAUAGAAGAUGAAGGGCUGGACACUGAGGGGAUUCUGCGGGUCCCUGGAGCAGCCACCAGAGUGAAGGCUGUGUGUCAGGAGCUGGAACUAAAGUUCUACGAUGGCUUGUUUCCCUGGGAGAAUCUUAAGCAGCACGACGCAGCGAGCGUGCUCAAGCUCUUCAUCAGAGAGCUUCCUCAUCCUCUCCUGACAGUGGAGUACUUCAGUGCUUUCUUCUCUGUGCUCAAAUUCCCGACAAAGAAGCAGCAGCUUCAGGCACUCAAUCUGCUUGUGCUUCUUCUGCCGGCGUCCAGCAGAGACACCCUGAAGGCGCUGUUGGAGUUCCUGCAGCGAGUCAUCGACCACAAGGAGCGCAACAAAAUGACGCUGAAUAACGUUGCCAUGGUGAUGGCGCCCAACAUCUUCAUGUUUAAAGGAUUUCGGAGCAAAAUCUCUGGUCAGCAGGAGUUCACCAUGGCAACAAGCAUGGCUAACAUCGUCAGGCUGCUCAUACGAUACCAGGACCUGCUCUGUACCAUCCCGAAGUUUGUGAUGACGCAGGUGCGGAAACAGAACAUGGAGAGAAAGAUGAACCGAGAAAGAGCUGUGAAAAAACUGCUGAAGAAAAUGGCCUACGAUCGCGAGAGGAACAGCGAGAAAGUAGAGAAGAACACCGAGAUGGACGGGGGAAUCAUCAGGGUCCAGGCUCCACAAUUCUCAAAGGUCUCUAUGGCGGUCGAGUUGACUGAAGAGCUCCGAGCAUCAGACAUUCUUACACGCUUCCUCAGCCAGGAGAGCUCACUUCUGGUGAAGAGAGAGGAUCUGUAUCUAUAUGAGAUCGGAGGGAACAUCAAGGAGCGCUGUCUGGAUGAAGAAACAUACAUGAAGGCCCUCCUGGAGCUCAACCCCACAGCCGAGUGGGUCAUCAAGUCGGUCCAGCGCUAACGUUCUUUCCGCGACCUGCCAAACAAAUGACUGACCAAUCACAGGCGAGCGCGAGAUUAAAGGGAAAGUUCCAUUUCUUCCACAUCGUCUCCCGUAGGCCGUACCUUCUGCUCUGCACUUUGUAGCUGCGUCGGCGUAGAACGUCGUCUCGGGAAUGUGAUCUUUUUUAAAAUGAGUAAUUUGUGAUUUAAUAUGAACACGACGGAUCAGUGGACACUUGACACGAGUGUGUAACAGGGAAGAGAAGACGCUGAAGGGAGAAUUAAUCAGCGCUAAAAAUCAUCAACAUUUCAUUUAUUAUCCAUGACUGAUUACUGUUUUGUUUGUUCUUUCUGUUAGCAGUACUGUACUCCGGGGGAAACACUGCCAAAAUCAUCAUAUCUUUAAAACACUGAGCGUUAACGUACAUCACAGUGAACACACAGUGGGCGUAAGGUGGCUCAGAUAGCCAAAAUAAACUAGAUUAUAAACUGCCACGUUGCACAUUUAGCACAUUUCCCCCGACACUCUCAUGCUUAUGAAGCUAAUGUAAUCGGGAUAUUUUUUACAUUAACGUGCUGCUUUUUCUCUCUCUGUGGUAUCCUCAUAACAGUUUAAAUGAAUUGUGUCCACUAGGAUCAGGAGGAAUAAACAAUUUGUGACACACAAAACUGUACACUUGCUAACUAGCUAACACACGGAGUCCCAGAUCAGCACAGAUUGGUCUGAAAUAUACACAGCGUCCUUCUUUAAGUACUGCUGCUAAUAUUUCACUCCUUCAGGAAUAUUUUCACACUUCAGUCAUAUUAGUGCUGUUGUAUAUUCCAGACUGUGUAACGAAAGGUUUUACACGACCGUCCUGAAAAAAGUUUAGAAAGAUAAAUCUAAACCCAGAAUGAAAUGUAUAGUGGAUCGUGUUUUUUUUUUUUUUGUUUGAUGAAAUUAAACUAAAUGAAUCUGUGUGUGAGGACACGGUGUCUUAGUGGUUAGCACGUUCACCUCACACCUCCAGGGUUGGGGUUCGAUUCCCACCUCCACCUUGUGUGUGUGGAGUUUGCAUGUUCUCCCCGUGCCUCGGGGGUUUCCUCCGGGUACUCCGGUUUCCUCCCCCGGUCCAAAGACAUGCAUGGUAGGUUGAUUGGCAUCUCUGGAAAAUUGUCCGUAGUGUGUGAUUGUGUGAGUGAAUGAGUGUGUGUGUGUGUGUGUGUGUGUGCCCUGUGAUGGGUUGGCACUCCGUCCAGGGUGUAUCCUGCCUUGAUGCCCGAUGACGCCUGAGAUAGGCACAGGCUCCCCGUGACCCGAGGUAGUUCGGAUAAGCGGUAGAAGAUGAGUGAAUGAAUCUGUGUGUGAAGCAGUUACCCGAGCACAUUUAGAUUUCCGAGGAAUCAUAAGUGACAGGAUUUUUUGUCUGCAGCCACAUUUUAGUGAGGAACAGGAGAAAAAUUGGAUGUUUCCAAAAAAAAGUCACUAAAUCAGAAAAUGAAUUCAAAUGUUAGUUUAUUAUUAUUAUUAAGUUACGUAGUACAGAACAAAAUAUGCUGGUAAUGUAAGCUACACUAUUAGCUAUGCUUUAACCUCAAAUGUCACAGAAACAAAUCAUCUGAUUUAAUUUUGACCCUCGGAAAAAUGUUCCAGAACUCGUCAAAAAACCGAGCCAGGAAUUGAGGCUUAACCCACCAAGUCCACGUGACAGGAACAUGGACGUUCACACAGAUUUCCCUUUGCAUCAUGUUUGACUUGAAAGCACUUGAUUUUUACUUGCACAAAGACCAGCUACAUUUUUAGUCUAGCUACACCUCUAGCUAUAUCCAUGUGUCCCUGAGCAUAAGCACUACAAGGUGUUUAGACCAAAAUUAACAUGAUUACAGCAUAAUUACCAUAUAUGGGUAAUUGUGGGCGUGUCUAUUUACAUAAACAUACAUUUCAUUCUUGUGCACUGUAGCUGGAGUUUCUUCAGUUAUCUGAUUAUACUUUCACUAAUUCAUGCUUUCACUAGAGUCUGAACUGAGCUCCAUAACAUAAAUAUAGUGCAUGUUUUAUCCUCGACGUUUGCUAAUGAACUCACCUUGAAUAAUACACAUGUAUUCAUUUGCUUUUAACCACUAACACACACUAAGAUAGAAUCCAGUCGCUUUGCUUAAGGCGCCUAACGAUUGCUCACUGGACUGAAUUAAAGCUCCUUCAAUAAAAGCAGUCAUGUUAAAGUCUUUAGCGUCACUGCUACACAUCAGCAGGUCUGCAUGCAUAGACACUCCUGUGGAAAUUUGGAUCUUUUGCUUUUUUUUAUUGUUAUAAAUGAUGUAAAGCUGACAUUUCAAAAGAAUCAGGUGUUUUUUUUCUAUAGUUGUGACUGUUUUAUACUGUGAAUACGAUAGAAACUGACUGCUGUCGUUCGUUAAUAACCAAUAAACAAUGUUUUAAGUUUUGUAAAUCAA